UAAUCACCAAUCAUUGAACAAGAAUCAUGUUUAAAUCUACAUGUGGAAAACUUAAUAACCUUGAACAAUCAAAAACGUAAUACAAUUUACGAGAUGAACAAUUAGUCAAAUGAAAACGAAACUGAAACAAAAACAAUCAACCAAAAUGAAAUGGAAACAAUUUACCAAGCAAAUAAAUCUAAUCCCAAUUGAAUUGAAUUGAUACAAUUUCUAAGUUUAAAUUGUCUCAAACAAAUUGAUUAACUUAAAUUGUUAACCAAUUUACUAAGAAAAAAUCUCCUUGAAUAAACUUUCCCAUCUCCCUAUAUGUAUCCAAAGAUAAUCAAGAUUACAAUUAAAACUCAAGGUCUUCUUUAUUUAUGAUUGUAGCAACUCUCACAUCCAAUUACAAUCAAGAGAAACAAAUUGUUUUCACUUUAAUUGUGAUUUUCCAGUGACUAUUAACUUUCCUGUGUUUGUCUUAUUCACGUUUCUACAGUUGAAAAUGUCGCAAAUUGUUUAUAUUUUAUCACAAUUAAAUGCUGAUAAAGUGAAGCUCGAACUGGAAAAAUUGUAUCCACCAUCGGCUGGAAAUGUGACCUUUAAAUUGUGUCCAAUUAGUGGAUCUAAAAAGGGAAUAUUUUUACGUGAACAUUGGUUGGAAUCGAGCGAUUUAGACAAAUUAAAAGAUGCUGAGUUAAUUAUCGCUGAUAAUAUGUAUUGGCCUCAAUUGGUCACUAGUUGUCCGAAACUUAAAUGGAUCCAAGGGACUUACGCUGGUGUCGAUACGGUUUUCAAAAGGUUACCCAAAUUUUUGAAACCAGGCCACUUUCCGGUUGUACCUGCGACCCGAUUUUCUGGUCCCAGUUUUGGCAAAUUGAUGUCCGACUAUUGUCUUGGUUAUAUUAUCGGUAUCGAAAGAAACUUUAUCAAAUUUCGUGACAAUCAAUCGUCUCGCGAUUGGUCAGUUUUGUUAAAACAACAAGAUGGACUGAUUUAUCGUUCGCUUGAUGAAUUGAAAGUUUCAAUCUUAGGAUUUGGUGCGAUUGGUAAAGAUAUGGCUCGAUGUUUCACCGCCAUGGGUUGUCAUGUCACCGCUUUCGCCCGAAGUGAGUCCGGCAAAAAUGAGGUCGGUCGGAUAAUUGAACGAUUCACCACCAAUCUAAAUGAAGCUUUAACUGAUACUGAUUAUAUUGUUGCCAUUUUACCCGAUACACCGGAGACAAUUGGUUUACUUAAUGGUGAGGCUCUGAAAACUUGUUCCGCUCGAAAACCGACCUUAAUCAAUGUUGGCCGUGGUUCUUUGAUCGGUUCAAUUGAUGUAAUCAAUGCUCUUGAUAAUGGUUGGAUUUCAACCGCGGUUCUUGAUGUUUUUGAAACGGAACCUCUUCCACCUGAUAAUCCACUCUGGACUCAUCCUCGAGUGGUCAUCACACCUCACAUUUCGGCUCUCACUAAGCCCAAAGAUCUCGCUCAAGUUUUUAGCAGAAAUUUUGAACAUUUUACAAAAGGCGAACCUUUGGAAUUACAAAUCAAUUGGGAAACUGGUUACUAAUCAAUUCCAAGCCUCUUUUAUGAUUACAAGUUCUGUUUUGAUUCUGCUGAUGAUCAAUUCAACCAAUUAACAUUUUCGGGUCUCUUUCAUUAUUCAUUUGAUUAGAAUGAUUAACCUUCAGUAAAAAUUUUAUCUUCGAUUUUAUCAAAUUAAUUGUUCCAAUAAAAAAACGUCCGAACCAUAAACCAAUUA